AUGGAGUCCACAGCUGCCAUACAAACCAAGCCCAAACGAUAUAGGGCACCAAAGCCUCGUACUCCUGCUUUGCGGAGAGGAAAAGCGUGUCUGAACUGCCGGCAUCUAAAGAUUGUCGCUGCGACGGUGUACAACCUAUUUGUGGAAACUGUGUUCGCCUGCCCAAGGACGAUCAAUGCACCUACAACUUCACCGCCUCUCGCCGGAAACGCAAUCAAGAACAUAAACAAGCUGACUCUGCUUGUUGUUCCACUGGCUUCGACUUUCCUCUGCCAGAUGAAUUCUCGGACUUUGCAUCAACCUCAAACCUUUCGAGUCUCGACACCGGCUCUAUCUCCAGGAGCGCUUUCGUCAGACUCGUUAUCGGAGGUAAAAUAUGGCGAUUUUGAGCUACCGACGGAGACCGUGAACCAGUUGGUCAGCAGCCUCAUUGACAAUGCGCAACCCUUUGGGUUCUUCCUCGAUAUGAACUGUUUGCGGACAGUCGCUACUCCCUCCAUCGAGCUUCUCCUGCUCCAAGCACCUUCAGCGAACUCGUUACUUUUUGCAGCAGCGCUGCUGGGUGCUCGUCUAGCCAACCACACACACUAUGAAAAGAUACUCGUUCGACGGGCUAGCGAGUCCAUUCUGGCCGAAGUUUGCUCAUGGGAAUCAUCACAAUGCAACACUUCAAUGGCUGCAGAGACAAUCCAAGCGCAACUCUUGCUUGCGCGUUACUUCCUUCUCAGUGGACAAACACUUGCGGCCAGGGUUCAGGUCAGCGGAGCGGAAGCCAUCGCGCUUAGCCUCGAAAUGCACGAGGACCAACUCCGGUCGGCAGCGUGGUGGGCCAUUGUCGAGCUCCAAACGAUCCUGCAGGGGCUUUCUGCGACAAUAUGUUCUUUUCUUGACCCAGAACUCUGUUCUGACCGUCUUGAGAAGAUCCCAGCCCCGCCUACCACCAAGGAGCACAACUGGGAGUGGGCUGACUCGGACUCGGGGUCUGUGUUUGGCAACCAAUGGCCAGUAUCACACCUUGAAGGAAGCACGCCUCUGGAUUUGUCUCCGUUUCCAUGGUUGGCUGCUUGA